AGGCCGGGCGGGCAGCGGGCAGCCACCGAGCCGCGAAGCGACAUGGUGCUGCUCAAGGAGUAUCGAGUCAUCCUGCCUGUAUCUGUAGAUGAGUAUCAAGUAGGGCAGCUGUAUUCUGUGGCUGAGGCCAGUAAAAAUGAAACGGGUGGUGGUGAAGGUGUGGAGGUCCUGGUGAACGAACCCUAUGAGAAGGAUGGUGAGAAAGGCCAGUACACACACAAGAUCUACCACUUACAGAGCAAAGUACCCACCUUUGUUCGAAUGCUGGCCCCAGAGGGAGCCCUGAACAUACAUGAAAAAGCAUGGAAUGCCUACCCUUAUUGCAGAACCGUUAUUACAAAUGAGUAUAUGAAAGAAGACUUUCUGAUUAAAAUUGAAACCUGGCACAAACCAGAUCUUGGCACCCAGGAGAAUGUGCAUAAACUGGAGCCUGAGACAUGGAAACAUGUGGAAGUCAUAUAUAUAGACAUUGCAGAUCGAAGCCAAGUACUUAGCAAGGAUUACAAGGCAGAGGAAGACCCAGCAAAAUUUAAGUCUAUCAAAACGGGCCGAGGACCCUUGGGCCCAAAUUGGAAGCAAGAACUUGUAAAUCAGAAAGACUGCCCAUAUAUGUGUGCAUACAAACUGGUUACUGUCAAGUUCAAGUGGUGGGGCCUGCAGAACAAAGUGGAAAACUUUAUACAUAAGCAAGAGAGGCGUCUGUUUACAAACUUUCACAGGCAGCUGUUCUGUUGGCUCGAUAAGUGGGUUGACCUGACCAUGGAUGACAUUCGAAGGAUGGAAGAAGAGACGAAGAGACAGCUGGAUGAGAUGAGACAUAAGGACCCAGUGAAAGGAAUGACAGCAGAUGACUAAAGCCACCCUCCCCCUUCUGCACUGUAUUUUUGCAAGACAGUGGUCAACAGGAAGGCCCAGCAGCUCCACCCUCCCAAGUGACAGACCAACUUCGGAUGCAGCCUUUCUGUGCCCAUUCUUCAGGCAACUUUCGAUCCCUUACUGUAGCUAAUUCUAGAUGCCCUUUAAUAUUGUGAACAAAUAGACCGUCUGGUAUUACAAAGCCCAUGUGUGCAGGAGCCUACUCCUCUGAGAUAUGUGGCGUGUAGGUUGCUGUAUUUUCAGCUCCCUCUCUCUCCAUUGUGUUCUGACCCAUUUCUGUGUGUGCCCCCUACCUUUAUUCCAAGUGACAUUUUUAGUCUUUCAAAAUAGCUGCCUUUUGUGAUGUGAUGAUUUAAGUUUGUUUUCCACCUUGGGAUAAACUGAGGUAUUUUGCUUCCUGGGCAGAUCUUUGCAAUUUUGAGUGCUCACAUGGGGAGAGGGGAUAACUUAGAAAUAUAGUUUUUUCCUCCGGUUCCACAGAAUAGCAGUAUGGUUUUAUAACUCUGACUCCUGCUCCCAGUAACCCAUUGUUAGAGUGCUCUAAGCACCAUGGAGGUACCCAAGGCCUAGUCAGUCUCUGCCUAAGAAAAUCUAACAAAUACAAAUAAUCCCUGCCCAAGUAAUUGCAUUUCUGGUCACUAUUCUUAAAAUGCCUGUGGCUUCUCUGCCCUCCUGUUGCCCAUUCUGCCUAUCUCCCUGCAGAGCCUCCAAGUGACCCCAGUUAACUCCCCACCUAGAGGGAACUGUCCAGUGUGGCCCUUAGAAUUGAGUCUGCUCCAUAGAUACGAAUCAUUCUGACCCCUGAGGAGCUCUGUAUGUCCACGCUCCUCUUCCCUUGUGGGCUGGUGCUCCCACUCAGCAAUAAUCCUCUUUUCUCUGUGCUUUCUUAGAUCUCUGUCCUCUGUCUUUGAGGCUGGUUAGGACACAAGAGUCCUGAUCUUUUCAUGCUGCACAAAAUGAGCAUGCAAAAAGCUUUUUUUCCAGCAGAACAUGUUCCCUCUUGUCUCCAGUUGCUGGAAAGGAAUUUGAGGAUCAAGACUCAGCUCAUCCUGCCCCCCAUGCUGAGUUGUGUCCUGGACAAUCAAAAGCAAGUAGUGACCGUAAUGUAGAAUUCUACCGAAGUAGGCUGGUGAGGAAGUCCAGGCUCCAGGGGAAUAGAGGCUGCUGAGUGCUUUAUAGUUUCCUACAGCUUGGCAGAACCUAAGUAUGCCUUCUUGGUGGGAGAAUCUGAGGUAGUUGUGGUGUCACCUGACAUCCCCCAAACCUUGUGAAAUAUGUUGUCCUGAGUGUGCAGUGAUCCAAGCCUAUGCUAGCAUGGGUGCAUCUGCUAAUGAGACCAAAUCUCUGUUGUGGGAGCCAGAAGUAGGAUGGGAUAAUUUAUCCUUGUGUUUGUCAGUGUGUUUGCCUUACUCAUUUCUAAGUGCAAUAAGGAAGUGUCUCACAGGACUGCACCUGUGACAUCCUGAUGGCUGCUUCCCUGUGGGCAAGGAUGAACAGACUCAGACUCCUCAGCAUGGUUAGCUCUGACCUUCAUUGAGGCCCUUUGGGACCAGGAGAUGUCCUGUUACAGAACUUACUCUGUAUUGGUGUCCUCACCUUGAGGGGUCUUUAGUAAUGCAUCUGGGGUAUAUCAGUUGGUUAUUGGCAUCUCAACUGCUGGUAGCCAUUUAUUUGACUGGGAAAGUUGGAGAAGAGGCAUUUCUACUGGAGAAAAAUGUAAAUGUUCUCCUACAAGCUCUGUAUUAGCUAUUAAUUAUAUUUGUGCUUAAAGAUUUCCCUUCUUUCAUCAGCUAGAUGAAGUCCAGAUGUGGGUUAUCUUGGGAGAAACAAACUGAUAUUCUAAGCAGACAGUUGUUUAUGUGGUUUGAGGGCCAACAGAUGUUAGUCUCCUUUGUUCAGCUUGUCUUUGAGAUCCACACAUAUCACUUUAGCUCUAGUGAGGAUUCCUUCCACCUCCACCUGUUGCCCCUAAAGUUUAAAAGCCUCCAUUAUGAGCUGAGGUCAGCCUGGAUCUGGGACUCUUGCCCACAUAAACAUAAAGAAGGGAUGUCCCUGGUCUAUUCCAUCCCCAUGGAUGGUGUUGCUGCUGGGCAACAGUGCUGGCUUCUUUUAAAUACCCCCACUCCCAAGCUGACUAGCACUCAGAGGGACUGAGUGAUACAGGGUCAGCUCCAGGGCUAGUACCUGAGUGUGUGUCACGCCCCUUCAGACCAGCUGCUUCCAUUAGAAUUCCAGGGUUACAGUCCCAACUGGAAUCAGCAGUGCAUCUGUAGGAGGGGUGCGAGGCUCUGGCCUUCUCAUGAAAAGAGUUCAGGGACAGGGUCAGUAUUGUGGGCACAUGUAUAUCUACCCAAGUUCUCCUUUUACAGUCCCUACUGGGACUCCCUGACUUAUUUGGGUUGGUUCCUAGUGCUACUGAUUUUACAAACUACACUUUGUAGAACUGAUUAGAUAACCUUGUUUAUUUAAUGUGAGUUUGUGCCUUUUUUGUCUCAAUCUUCCAAUACAGGUAUAUUGGGGGAGAAGCAGUCUAAUAAAAUCCUAGACAGAGC